UAGAAAUUAUAUAUAUAUAUAUAUAUAUAUGAAAAAUAAAUACUGUGCUUUCAGACACCUGCAUCAGUGUUCCGUUCAAAAGCUCCAGGACUGGGGGAGAGAGACAAACGGAUCUACACAGAUCAAAAACCUUAAUUUAAUUCGGCAAUGUUCAUGGCGUAUAGUACUUCAUCAUCAAUCAUCUCUGUCUUCAUUGUCGUCGUCGCCUUCACCUUCACCUUCGUCCCAAUUUCAUCCUCUGUUCCCUUCAUCGUACUUCACGGAAUUGGAGAUCAAUGCUCGAAUCGAGGAGUUACACAGUUCACUCAGCAGCUGAGCAACUGGUCCAGAUCUGACGGAUAUUGCAUAGAAAUUGGAGAUGGAGCAUGGGAUUCCUGGUUUAUGCACUUAGAGAAACAGGCUGAAGUUGUUUGUGAUAAGGUGAAGGAAAUGAAAGAACUGAGAAAGGGUUACAACAUAGUUGGUCUCUCCCAGGGUAAUUUAAUAGGCCGAGGUGUUGUAGAGUAUUGUGAGGGAGGACCCCCUGUCAAAAGUUUUAUCUCGUUAGGUGGUCCUCACGCUGGUACUGCUUCUGUUCCUCUUUGUGGUUCUGGCAUCAUGUGCAUUAUAGCAGACAAACUAAUGAAGUUAGAGAUCUACUCCGACUACAUCCAAGCUCACUUGGCCCCCAGUGGUUAUCUUAAACUACCUAAUAAUAUCGAUGCCUACUUAGAAAAAUGUAGCUUUCUCCCAAAACUUAACAAUGAACUCCCUCAAGAGAGAAAUUCCACUUACAAAGAACGGUUCAGCAGUUUACAAAACCUGGUGCUUAUCAUGUUUGAACAUGACACUGUUUUGAUACCCAAGGAAACAGCCUGGUUUGGAUAUUAUCCAGAUGGCGCCUUCAAGCCAGUUUUGCUUCCAGAACAGACUAAGCUUUUCACUGAGGAUUGGAUUGGUUUGAAAACCUUGCACGAUGCAGGCAGGGUGAAGUACAUCAGUGUGGGAGGAAAUCAUCUUGGGAUCUCCCGAGACGAUAUGAAAAAGUAUGUUGUUCCUUACUUGGAGGAUCAAGCAUCAGCAGAUGGCAGCAUUGACACCAGGACUUAUGGAGUUCAUCCUCGAAGCUCAGAAAGCCACAACCUCCAGAAACAAACAUCAACUGAAGGAUCAGCAUCUUAUAGUUGGCCCUACUCAGUAAAGAGCUUCAUUGAAGAAAUACUUGGGUUUGUGGAGGACGAAUCAUCUUAAGACACUUGAUUUGACUUUGCUUUAUAUUUAUCAGUUGUGCCCCUGGUAAUUGAUGUCAAUUUAUAAUUCUAGUAAUUAAAAACAUUUGGAUAGACCAGUUUAGUGCGAUGGUGGAUAAUAAAUACUUUGUGUGCCUAAAAACUAAAAAGGGUUUGAAAAAGCCUCUGUAUUAUUGAUUGUACAAUUAAUGUAUAUAUGGUGUAUUAUAUACUAUUUGUUUCUGUGUCA